CCCCCAGGGUGGGUAGGGAGGGGGUUUCUCUAGGGAGGGGUUUGCGCGCGCCGUGGCCGAGAUGAACAACCUCGCCUUCGAAGAGGCUCCUUUGGAGAGCUUGGACCCUUCGCUGACUCUCCAUGAAUCCAGCGAGAUUGACACGGCUCUGCUGAGCGACAUUGACGACAUGCUUCAGCUGAUCAACACUGAAGAUGGAGACUUCCCUGGUCUGUUCGAAGCAUCGUUCAGCACAAAUGUCGCCCCAGAGCCCAAUCCACAUGGGCCCAGUUUGUUCAGCGGCUACCUGGAAGCCGCCAACUCACCUUCCUCCAGCUUGUUCCAGGUCCCAGCUCCACCCCCACCAAGCUUCCAACCAGUGACGGCGGCAAACUCGAACACAGAGCCCACUCCAAUGGACAUCAAGGAGGAGCCUGUCCCGCCGACGGCCACCCAGCCUGCAUCCCGGCUCCCGCCGACCAGGAUGGCGGCUCAGAGUUUCGUCCCGGCACCCCAGACCCAAUUCUCAGCACAACCUAUGGUGGGAUUCCUGAAUCAGAGCAGUGUUUCUGCUCCCCAGCCAGGAGGGCAUUCUCAGCCCCCUCCAAGCACCCAAGCCGGGUCGCAGCAGAACCAGCCAGUGGCAAUGCAAACCCCACUCCAGAACAUCGCUCCCCAACAGCUUCUGACUCCCCACAGCGGAUCCCAAGUCGUCCAGCGCCACAUCCAACAAGUGCCGGUCCUUCUGCAGCCUCACUUCAUCAAGGCCGACUCUCUGCUUCUGACAACCGUCUCGGGAACCCAGACCACUGGCAUCACCACCCUGGGGACCACGACGGCCGUCCAGUCGACAUCACUACAGAUGCCGACACUGAUGAGUGGGGGCACCAUCCUGGCGACGGUUCCUCUGGUGAUGGAUACAGACAAGCUGCCCAUCAACCGCCUGACCGCCGGGAAGCCGCUGGGAAGCCACGGCAAGGGCGAGAAGCGCACAGCCCACAACGCCAUCGAGAAACGGUAUCGCUCCUCCAUCAACGACAAGAUCUCCGAGCUCAAGGACCUGGUGGUGGGGUCGGAAGCCAAGCUGAACAAGUCGGCCAUUUUGCGCAAGGCAAUCGACCACAUCCGCUUUCUGAAGCAGGCCAACCAGAAGCUGAAGGCUGAGAACAUGGCCCUCAAAAUGGCGAGCCAGAACAACAAAUCCCUGAAGGACCUGGUAGCAACAUGUGGCAACGGCCAGGACUCGACGGAAGGGAUCAAGCUGGUAGACACCCUGACGCCACCCCCGUCGGACGCAGGCUCCCCGUUGCGCGGCAGCGGCAGCCCUCUCUCGCUCAGCGGCACCAGUGGGAGCGAUUCUGAGCCGGACAGCCCCUUCUACGAAGAGUCCAAGGUGAAGCAAGAGCAUCAGGCGCUCUCGCCAAGCAGCCUUGGGAUGCUGGAUCGCUCGCGCAUGGCCCUGUGCGCCUUCGUCUUCCUCUGCCUCUCCUUCAACCCCCUCUCCUCCCUCUUGGCGGGGUCUCACUCGGCCAGCCCUUCGGAUAUCGAUGGCCCCAGCCACCCCGGGCGCACCAUUAAGAGCCAGAACGAGGCCACAGACACCCCUGUCGCCUGGUCCCAGUGGCUUCUCCCCACCUUGGUCUUCUGGCUGAUCAACAUGCUGGUUGUUUUGGGAGCCUUUGUCCGGCUGUUCAUUUACGGCGAGCCCAUCACACGCCCUCAUUCAGAGGCUUCCAUCCUUUUCUGGAGGCACCGCAAGCAGGCAGACCUUGAUUUGGCACGGGGAGAUUUUGCUCAGGCCUCCCAGAACUUAUGGACGGCAUUGAAAGCCCUCGGCCGCCCGCUCCCGACCUCCAACCUGGACCUGACCUGCAGCCUGUUAUGGAACUUGAUCCGCCACGUCCUUCAGCGGCUCUGGGUGGGGCGUUGGCUGGCGGGAAGGGCUGGAGGCUUCUUCCGCGACCGGGAGCUCAAGGCUGAUGUGCAGAAAAGCGCUUGUGACGCGGCCCUGGUGUACCACAGACUCCAUCAGCUGCACAUGACAGGGAAGCACGUGGCCGGCCACCUCUCGGCAAUCAACAUGGCGCUGAGUGCCGUGAACCUGGCCGAGUGCGCAGGCAACGCCAUCUCCGUGGCGACGCUGGCCGAGGUCUACGUGGCAGCGGCGCUGCGUGUGAAGACCAGCCUCCAUCGCUGUUGUCACUUCCUGGCGCGCUUCUUCCUCAGCAGCGCCCGGCAGGUGCUGCUGUCCCACAGUGGGACUGUCCCGCCUGCCCUCCAGUGGCUGUGCCAUCCUGUGGGUCACCGUUUCUUCGUGGACGGAGACUGGGCUGUGAAGAGCUGCCCUCGGGAGAGCAUCUACAGCUCCACCAGCAAUCCAGCGGACCCCCUGGCUCAAGUGACCCAGCUUUUCCGCGAGCAUUUGCUGGAGAAAGCCCUUUCCUGUGUCUCUAGGCUAGAGAGUGAGGCACCUGCCAGCCACGACGAGGGGGAAUUUUCCGACGCUCUGGAGUACUUGCAUUUCCUCAACAGCUGUGCAGAUGCCGUUCCCAGCCCAACGCCGUCCCUCAGCACCAGUCUGGAUGCUGCCACAGGCACCGACCCCAUUGCUCACUGGUGGGCAUCUGUGGUUGCCAUGGCGAUCCAUGGGCUGCAAGGGGAUGACGAGGCUGUGGAGCGCCUGUACCCGCUGGUGGAAUCGAUGCCAAGGGCCCUCCAGGCCUCUGAGAAUCCUCUUCCUCGUGCGGCACUGUACACCUUGAAGGCUGCGCGGGUGCUGAUGGGCAAGCUCGAUUGCAGCCUGGGCCAGUGCGACAGAGCCGGCGACUACUUGCGAGACAGCUUGGCGGGGAACACGCCCCCCAGUGCCAUCGACAGAGCUGUGCAGUUCCUCUUGUGUGACCUCUUGCUCAUCACCCGCACCCAGCUCUGGCAGCAGCACAUGCAAGCAGGGCAGCCGCAUGGCGCUCCCUACCAAGCCUCCACCCUUGAGCUCCGUGGCUUCCAGCAGGAUCUCAGCAGCCUCCGGCGCCUGGCGCAAGCGGACAAGGCUGCCAUGCACAGGGUUUUCCUCCAUGAGGCGACGGCCCGGUUGAUGGCCCGAGCCAGCCCCACCCGGACCCACCAGCUGCUGGACCGCAGCCUGCGCAGGAGAGUUGCCUCGAGCAUCAAAGGAGCCAGCGAACGUGAGAGCCAGCCGACGGCGCGAGAGCAGGCCGAGGCCCUCCUCCUCGCCUGCUCUUACCUGCCCCCCGCCUUCCUUCUGGGUCCCGGUCAGAGGAUGGGCAUGUUGGCCGAGGCGGCCCGCUCCCUGGAGAAGCUGGGGGACAAAAGGACACUCCACGAGUGCCAGCAGAUGAUCAUCCGGCUCGGAAGCGGGUCCACUGUCACCUCCAGCUAGAGAGAGGGGGCACCGAGGAGGACUUGUGGGGAGGAGGAAGAGGGCAGAGGGGGGGGAAGGCGCCCCCUCUAAGCACAUGGCGAGUGUGUUCUCCUGGACUCUGGCAGGCGAGACAAAGGAUCUGCAGAAGCCCAACUCUCCCCCUUCUUUCUCUCUCUCUAGGUAAUCAUUACUGUGCAGGGUUACCCUCUCAUCUCCCCCUAAGUUCUGUGUGGGGAGGAGCCCCUUUCCUUGUGGCUGUGUGUGCUGAGCAGACCUGUGACUUGG